CGGGAGCGGCCCGGAGGUGCUCCUGACAGGGCGCCAAGGCAGGAUGUGGCUCCUCUGGACUGCGCUGGCUGGCCUGGCCCUCUUGGUCGUACUCGGGUACCGCGAGAAGAAGCACAAGCGCGGUGGAGUGUACACCCAACCUGGCCUCUGUUACGAGCUGAAGCGGGCGCUGGCCUGGGCGCACUUCAAGUUCGUCCGACUGCGACGCGUACCCAGGGUGCAGAGCCACGUCGACACCGGACCCUCCGACUACGUCACCAAUGGCUUCGUUCCCGCCCCGGAGGAUGAGCAAGCUGAACAGCUCCGACCUCUGGAGUCGGCAGAGGCGAGUGACGACCUCACCUUCUUCGGCUGCGAUUCGAAGGGCGGGGCGCUGCUGGUGCGCAUCGUCCGCCGCCCCGGCCGCCAGGCCGAGGUCCUGCUGCUGCUCCAGAUGGAUGGCCAGCUCUAUCAGCUGCCUGGGAUGCCGGACACGACCGUCUACAACACAGCUCCCGCCAGCUGGGAGGCGGCCGGUCUGGCCAUGGAGUGUGUGGUUCCGAUGAGGCUCUGGCGCAUCACGUACCAGGGGCAACUCAGACGCAGCUCUGGGCCGACGGCCGCCGGUGGCGCCACCUGCACGGCCGGGGAGCUGGUGCCGGCACGGCUGCGCCUGCUCUGGCGGCCGCUGUCGACCCCGCGAGACCUGCGAGACUGCGACACGGACCUGAUGGUGUGCGCUGUGGCCCGAGAGCUCUGGACGCCUGAGUUCCUCUCGCUGAUGGGGUCGUUCUCCCUGGACGGGUACGUGCAGUUCGGCAGCCUGAUGGGCCAAGUGGCGCUCUCCGGCGGCGAGCCCAUCGAGGUGCGCCUGAGGGGUCCCCGCCAGCACGCCUGGUCCGGCGCCGACGGACAGGCGCAGGCGGCACGCCGGCACCGCAGCCUGCGCCUGCAGGCGCGCCUGGAGGACGGCGGCAUGCUUCUCCUGGCGGCCGACAGCUGGCCCGACGGCAUUACACACCUGGUGUACGGCAUGUACAUGAGCCCGGCCCUGGAAGUGGCGACGGUGACCUCCUGCAACCUCAGCCUCCCUGACCUGGCGGAAGAGCAGCACAUUCCGGAGGUCUUCAACGUCAUCUUCACCGCCGGCAGCAAGCAGCACGCGAUCUCCUUCAUAUCCACCGGUCCAGCGGUAGAUUCAUACUCGAGCCGGCCCUGGCGGUGGGUCAACAAACUUCAGCUUGCCCGGGCGUGCUUGGAUGGACUUGAUGGCGCUGCACUAGCCGAAUUCGGCUAUCCGUACUCGGGCCCCUGCCCGCUGCGUCCCGAGGUGUCGCUGCCCCUCCUCGUCGGCCUGGCGCCGGCGGUGGACGCGGCGCCGGUCGUCACCUUCGACGAGCCCGCCUGUCGGUGCGAGGCGCUGGUCGGCGGUAAGGCUGCCUCGCUGGCGCUGAUGACCGACCUGGAAAAAACGUUUGGAGAUUUCUCCGAGCUGCGGUUCGCUGUGAGGUCCUCUGCCUUAGGCGAGGACAGCGAGGAGCUGUCGGCGGCGGGUCAGAACGACACGGUGCUCGGCUGCCGGGGUCGGGAGCAGAUCGCGGCGGCACUGACGCGCUGCUGGGCCUCCCUCUUCGCCCACCACUCGGUCGAGUACCGGCGGCAGCACGGCCAGCACAUCCACCCGGGCAUGGCCGUGGUCGUGCAGCGCAUGGUGACCUCGGAGGUCAGCGGGGUCAUGUUCACGCGUGACCCGGUCACGGGCGACCCGUCACGCGUGACCGUCACGGCUAACUACGGCCUAGGAGAGAGCGUCGUCUCUGCCAGGGUGGAGCCCGACACCAUCACACUGCACAGAGGUCAUGAUGACCAGCUCAACAUCACAGACCGCCAGCUGGGCUCCAAGCAGCUGCAGACGGUGAUGGCAGAGGACGGUGGCACCGAGGAGCGACCGCUGGAGGGCGGCGCCGCCGCCGCCGGCUGCCGAUGCCUCUCGGACGCAGACGCGCUCCGCCUGGCGCGGCUCGGGCUUCAGCUGGAGAAGGCGUUCGGAGGCGCGCGCGACGUCGAGUGGGCCGUGGCCGAGGACACCCUGUACCUGCUGCAGUCCCGACCCGUGACGUCAUUCACUGGCUGGACCGAGUUCGAGCUGACGCACGAGUGUGACUCAGCACUGCUCACCGAUGAGGAAUGUCUCACCACUGCCAACACCGGGGAGGUUCUACCGCGCGGAGGUUCUACCCGCGCGCCGUCACUCCGCUCACCAGCAGCACAUGUGCUACGGUUUGUCGAGUGGAGAUGCAGAACUUGCGCAAGUACCGACGAGCUCCGGCCCUGCCGUGUCCGCACCUACGCCCGGCAGUACUGCGUCCUGUCACAUCACCGCUUCGGGAUGGACGUGACGAAGACGUUCCUGUCGACGCUGCAGUCCUGGGAGGAGCAUGACGCGGAGCGCACCAUUCAGCUGACCAUUCUCGGCCACCUGGAGGACUGGACCCGGCCGCGGAGAACGGCCGUCCACCGCUACGGCGUGCUUAGCUGGCACGCCAGGAUGCACCAGAUGAUCUCCAUGGCGGGGUUGACCUGGCACAUCGCCGAGGACGUGCGCCGCGGCCAGCGCGACUUCGGCCGUCUGCGCCUGCGCACUGAUGGUCUGACCACGGCGCAGCAGGCGCUGCGCCACGUCUGCCACGAGCUGCGCCACAUGCAGCGCGUGAUACAAUGCCACCUGCUCAGUUCGACGUGGAGCCAGGCACCGCAGAUGGCGCUGCUGCUGCUGCUGGCCGAGGACGGCGCGCGUCCUUUCGACCAGGAGGUCUUCUCAGUGUUUGCCAUGCUGCUCUCCUCCUGCAGUGGGGCUGUGUCUGCUGACGUUCCCAGCGCUCUGGAGCGCCUGGCCCGCCUGAUCGCGUCCUCGAAGGACGCCGCAGCGUUCCUCUCGGCCUCGCAGGAGGACGGCCUGCACUGGCUGCGGCACCGUCACACCACCGUGGCCGCCUUCUUCGAGGACUUUCUCGCCACACACGGACACAGGGCCCUCAACGAGCUGGAGCUACACACCACACCGUGGGCGCUGGACCCAGGCGCGCUGGUCGCCACACUGCAGACCAUGGUGCGGAAUCCGGACUCCCUGCGGAACACCAAGCAGGAGACGGACGUGCCACAGGCGCUGUCCCAGCUGACGGUUCCCCUCUCCGGCAUGACCAGGCGGCUGGUGUCCUUCGUGCUGCCUUACGCUCGUCGCGGCGUGGUCCAGCGCGAGCAGACCAAGUCGCUGCUGGUCCGGAUGCUCCACCAGUUCAGGCUGGCCUUCAGACGCCUGGCGGAGCUGAUGGUGCGGGAGAGCCGCCUGCCCGACUCCGACCUUGUCUUCUUCCUCACCCUCUACGAGAUUCAGCGCCUGCUCGACACACGCUCGCCGGCCAUCGUUACCAAGGCGCUGCGCCGUCGCCGUCUGUUCCCGAAGCUGGACCGGAUGCGCUUCCCCGAGAUGAUCUACGGCGUGCCGCGCCCCCUGGCGGCACAGAGCUCGAGCCAGGGCACCGCCGGCCACCUGGCGGUGACCGGCACGCCCGUCUGCCAGGGCCGCGUGCAGGGCACGGCCCGCGUGGUGCGCGAUCUCGCCCAGGCCAUCGAGAUUCAGAACGACGACAUUCUGAUCACGCACGCCACGGACAUCGGCUGGAGCCCGUACUUCCCGGUGCUGAGCGGCGUGGUAACCGAGCUGGGCGGUCUGAUCUCACACGGCGCGGUGGUGGCGCGCGAGUACGGUCUGCCCUGCGUGGUGGGAGCCACCGGAGCCACCGACCUGAUUCAGUCCGGCGACAUCGUCAUCCUGGAUGGGACACUGGGCACGAUCACGCGCCUCCAGCCGUCCAGUGACCGCACCAGAUGUUCCGUCGCAGAGGCUCCCAGAUUCCGCCACAGAGUGCCAGUGACCGUUCAGAGUCCGCCCGCAUGGGCUCUGUUAGGGUGGCAGUUCCCGGGCCCCGUGAUCGGCUCAGUAGGCGUGGCCCCCCGGCCGUGA